AUGUCUUUUGAAGAAAUCAAGGCAGCAAAAAUAGUAUGCCUGCGGAACGCACAGGUGUGCUUUGGAGAUGACAGAAGGCUUAUACAAAAGGAUCAACCACUGCAAAAAAGGUCGCAGUUAUUCAAGCUAACCCCGUACAUUGGACAGGAUGGUCUGCUACGAGUUGGAGGCCGUUUGAGGCAAUCUCAAUUACCAGAAGAAGUCAAACACCCGAUAUUACUUCCUAAGGCACACCACAUUACGAAGCUAAUCCUGGAACACGAGCACUGGGUAAACUUACAUCCAGGCACAUCUGCACUGUUUGUAAUAGUUCGCCAACGAUAUUGGAUAAUUGGAGCACGCAACCUGAUAAGAAAAGUCACCCACAACUGUAUCAGAUGCUUUCGUCACAGACACCAUACUACGCAUCAACUCAUGUCCGACUUGCCAAGUAUCAGAAUCACACAAUCACUUCCCUUUGUCAAUUCUGGAUGUGAUUAUGCUGGACCAAUUACUCUCAAGGAUCGAAAGGGUCGCAACGCUAAGAAGUCAAAGGGAUACAUAUGCCUCUUCGUGUGCCUCGUCACCUCGGCACUACACCUGGAACUAGCCACUGAUCUCAGCACGGAGACAUUUCUGGCAGCUCUGAGAAGAUUCAUGUUGCUCCGAGGAAAAUGUGCACAAAUCUACAGUAUGGCAGGAACUUUGUCGGAGCAAGGCGACCAUUGGAAGAGAUGCUACAACUCCUGGCAUCUUCACAGCAUAAGGAUCGAGUCCCGCAGACAUUGGCAGAUGAAGACAUUAAAUGGGUCUUCAUUCCACCGUACGCACCUCACUGGGAAGUAA